AUGUCGGGCGCUAUACCGCAGGAAUAUGUGGGAACAGUAGUCGCGGUCGUUCUUUACACAUUCCUCUGUCUCUUUGCUGCCUUGAUCCUUGUGCGCAAACUCUAUCUCAACGGCGACAAGUUUACCUAUGUAGCCUUGCUCUCACUCUUCGUGGCGGUCGGCAUAGUCGCCGCAAUAGGCGAACAAAUACAUUACGCAGCCAACUGGAAGGUGGUGAAGGAAGCACAGUACCAAAAAGCACUAUAUAUGGUCGACCACCCCGGCCUUGUCUUCACGAACGCUGCUGGGUGGGGCGACCGCACAUUCUACAGCAUCCGCUCAUACUGCGCCAACGUUCAAGCUAUUCUCAUCCUGUUCUGGUCUAUCGCGCUCUUUGUAGGAACGUGGAACCUCUCCCUUAACAGGAUUCGCGGACAUCAAGAUCAAAUCUCACUCGGAUCUAAGAUUUUUGCAAUCGUCCUGCCUGCGACACACCAAGGAGUACGUCAGAUACCCGCGCUCUACAAGUCCGCCAUAGUAUACCUAUUCGUCGCCGACAGCAUCAUAAUCUUUAGCUUUACAUUCGGCACAUUCUUCCUGAUCCUGACCUUGUACAAAUACGUCCAGAGCCGUAAAGUUUUCAAGCUCUUUCAAGCAUCCUCCGCGCAAUCCGCCAGCAUUGCCGCAGACGGUCGCGCAGGUACCUCGACCUCUAACCCCUCGCCAAUCUCAGCAAGCCUGGAUGCCGACGACAAGUGGCUCAUCAUCCGUUUCACCAUUGCCUUCUCCGUCCUGACCGCCUACUCCAUAAUCCUCGGCAUGCACCAACACCGCCUCUACCGCGAACACAAGGCGACAGACCUCGCCGACGGCCCCAACAUCUCCCCCGCUUUCAUAAAAUAUGAAUGUGUCCAGGACAUCCCAGUCGUCUCGACCGGUUUCGUGAUGCUCCUUAUCUUCGGCACGCGCCGCCGCUUCUGGCAGGGCUACUGGGAGAAGUGUAAGGAGAGUUGGGACGGGAUGAGGAUGCGCUUGAAGCGGCUGGGUAGGCGGAGGAGCGGGGUUACCGGGAGAAGGCAGGAGCUGCCGAUGCAUUGGAAUAGGAUGCAUUCGGAGGAUGACGGUGUAGAGUUGUCGUGGAGAGGGGACAAGGGGGAACCUAGGCAACAUAUCAAGGCCGUAGUGGGAUAA